UUAUUCUUUUUACAGAAGACGUUGGAAUGCUUUCUUCGGGGCUCAUUACCGCUAGAGGAUUUUGUUUGUGGGAUUUGCGGUACCCGAUUGGAUAAACUAAUGCCUCCAAAUUAUGUUCAGGAAUCAUGCUAUCCAUUUAAGAUGGAGGACGUAAAUGGAAAAUCAUUCUCCUCUUCACUCCACUCAAUAAACUUGCUAAGGGCUGCUUUAGAGCGGCACUCAUACUACCAUGCCUGGGUAACUGGAUUGCGGGAAAAAGGCAGAUUAUUACAGCAACAGCGCAAAGAUCCCAUUGUCGAAGUUUCAGACAGUCUUAAUGCGAACUCCAAGGGGUCAUCUAUACAACUUGGAGAGCCUUGGCCAGAUUGUAAACUCGAUCGUAGCAUGCUACAUUCGGUUCCUCUUCUUCCUGGGCCUUUGGAAUGUGGUUGGGAAUUUUGCGACUUCAAAACAAAUGAUGUCGAUGUUUUGAUUUCUCAUGCUAGCUCGCAUGCUCAAGUGAGUCUAUACUUUUGUAUUUAUUGUGAGCUUAAGGAUUUCAUUCUGACUUGA